GACCAGGGUCAGCUUCCUCUUGUUUUAAAGACUUAAACGUCUUGAAACUACUCGUCGCCUGAAGUCGGAAGAACCGACACUGCGUCUAUACAUAAAUCUGUGCUAAAAUGCCUUUAAUUAUUGGAUGGGUGGGACAUUUAGGAUACUUAUGAUUUAAUAAGUGAUUGGAUAGACAUUCAGUUAACAGAUUUUUAUAACUAAAAUGUUAGCGUAAGUGGGUAAGGUUGUACUGUAAUUGGUGAAUCAAUGCAUGUUAUAGUAGGAGUAUCUGGAGUGAAAGGAAAAAAGAAUGAUGAUAUAGAAUGAGGCGUUUACACAACGAACGGCAUUUCGCACCGCUUUAUGAAUAUGUAGCGCAGUACCGGUACUGGGGCCCACAUGCAAUCAUGCCUAACUGUGACACAAUGCCUAAUAUAACGCAGUUAGGUUUCACUGCGUGUGGUACUCGCACUCCGACGCUUGCUAGCAAAUGAUUGUAACUCGCAUUUAAAGUACGGCGGUUAUUGAAUCGUUUGCAGCAAAUUAGUUUACAGUAAGAUGGACAGUACGAUAUACAAAGUAAGUUUCUGCAGAGCACUUGCGACACACAAAGCGUCUUUUCAACUCAACUCUUAGUAUUUUUACUCUUAACGCUAGAUCGCAAGCGUGCGGACGCAACGCAUUUGGCUGUGGAUCUAAAGUAAUAAUAUAAUAUUAAAAUGAUACUUUGUUACUAUUAUCAGGGCCUUCAAUGUUAACACCACAAUACUUUACAUGAUAUUCUCAAAUGUAGCUUUCAGCGCUAACUUAAUAAUAGAGUAGAAAUGGCAUAAACAGACAUUUGAAAUCAUAUUAUAAAUAUUGCCUCGAAUAGAACAAUUUGUGAUCAAUAAUUAAGAAGAGUGAAAUCGUACAAUAAAUAUAAUACUUGUUACACUUUCAUAAUGUUACACAUUGUUACAUUUAAUACGUAAACAACACAGAGAAGCCUAUUUUUUUAAGUUUCCCUCUCUAAGCCUGUUACAAUAAGUAUUUCUAAUCCUACUUACUAACUUUAUCUAUUAUGUAAUAUAUGUCCUUUACUAUUGUUUACACCUAAGCUACCUUCUCUGCGCACCCUACUGCACUCUCCGUGGUCCUGUUGCACUUUGUUUUGCGUUAUGCACGACCGCUUCCUCACUUUCAUUUGGCAUCGGCGGCGACUUUACUUUCAGAACAUGCUAAGUACUUUACUACAUUAUACCUACUUCAGAACUACACAGUGUUACUCUUGCAUUCGAUGUUAUCGCAUUCUUAGUCAUUUCUCCUUCAACGAGUUCGUGUACAUACAUUAGAAAAUGGUCAUAUUGACAUUAAACUUGUGCAAGCUGCGCGUGCGGCUGUAUACAUUGCAUGAUUGUGAAACGGAACAAAUAGAUGUGUGUUGCAUGUGUGUACCGUGGUUAAUGGAUGUCGUACGUCAUCUUUCCGACGGGAGGAUGUUUAAUGUUAAGAUGAGGGAAAUUGACUCUGGUGGUUGCCCCAGCAACCCCCCCGUCGCCCAGAAACGCAGUGUUAUAUAGACCGUCGGCCAGUGGCGCCGGCGCAGAACGCGGGCACUCGUUCCGCAACCGCUCGUGCAUGCUGCGAUGUGUAUACGGCUGGCAUUGCAUGUAGUCGCGCAUCGCCCGGCUUCUCUGCAACACCGCUCAUCGACUGUAUGUUUCGGCAAUAAUUAACAUAUCAGUUUGUAGGUUAUAUUUUCAACUGCCUACAGACGAACGACAAAGUCGUUAUUUAGUCUUUAAGAGCUUUAUCAAUAAUCAUAGAAAAAUGAGCGUGCCUAACUCUAAGAAACAGUUGAGUAGUUUACCUAAGUAUAAUUAUCUAGAUAAAGAAAGUUUUCGCAUAAAACAAGCAUAAUUACGCUAGAUAAGGAUGCCGAAUGAAACGAUAGGAUCUAAAUAAAUUGGUGCAGUUUUGCAAGGUUUCAAACUAGCAUUAUACAAUGUCCCUUACCUAAUGACGCCAGUACAAGGUAUGUAGUACGCUAUUAUAUGCACUCCUGGGAGAACAGGUCUACUGUCACUUAAUAUACGUGUAAAUGAUCGACACGAUAUUACGUAUGUAAGUAGUUGUCUAAGCCAGCUGCAAGUUUCACUCGUAGUUGACUGUAACUAGUAGUGCGCCGCUUCGCCACCGCUACGACAGUGUGACUCACUCUGUGUCUCGCCGGUACAACGGUGCCUGUCUUCUGUGCUCGAACUCACCUAACAUCGGUCUAUAUAACACUUCGCUUGUCUCACAUACUUUUAGCAUUUACUCUUCUAAACUACGUGAACGAUGUUGGCUUUCGUAUUACCUCUAGUUAUAUCUUACGAAAUUGUUAUCUAAUACGAUACUGACUACUUUAACUAAUCUUUAAUCUUGUUUAUUGCCUUCUUAGUUACCUACUUCAUAGUACCUAAUGUAUUAAUCUAGAAUUCUAAUAAUUACUUAUAAGUCAGUUUCAAUUGUAAAACGAGAUGAUUAGAUUAGUUACCCACAAUAUUAUAACUAAUGUAAAGAGCUUGAUUAAGCUUUAUAAAGAAGAGUUGUGAAUCGAACUUGUGGCCACGUAAAGUUAGAACAAAGUUUAGCGUAACUGCUUUGACUGUUAAUAACAAUUAAGUUUAUUAAGGAUUUUCACUAAUUAUAGUGGAGUGACAUGUCUAUCGAUUCGUGGGCUAUGAAAUGAUUAAAAUGCCAUCAUAUUGAUUUUAUAGAAAAAUAAAUAAUGAUUGCGAAUGCUCUAGGCAAGUGUUGGAGUAAGUAAAGUACUUACAGCUGGCCGUUAUGUUUAACUGCUAAAUGCAAGCAAAUAAGACUAUACUUUUUUGUAUAGUCAGUCAUAAUAAGAUAUACUUUGUACAAUAUAUUAACAACAUUAAAAAAUCAAAUUACAAAGAGUUGGUCCAUACCGAGCAAGAUUAAUAUUGAUAAGCGCUCCGCCACACAACUAAUUGACAGUCACUGCUUUCACGGUCAUAUCAUGGUAUAAAGUUAACGAAUACAUGGUAUCAUUUACUAAUCAUAGUAUCAUUGGAGUACAUACGUAUAUUGUAGGUCGUGAAUACAAUAGCUGUGCCAUUGUGCCUCCUCGCUUAGACUUAGCGUUUAGCGAAUUAGCACCGUUACAGAAAUAUUCCACGUUAUCGAAUCAUAUAAUUUAUCAUAAAAUAAUAGUGAAUUACACAAUAAUUAACGGUCAUCACAUUAUCGAUAUCAUAAUUUAUCGGUUAGUGUAUAAGUAGAGUUUAGCGAUACAGUGAUUUGUGAUAUUACAAGAUACUUAUCGAGAUUUAGUACAACGUCCUAUAAUUUCAGCGUUUUAUAGUAAUUAAAUUUAGUAACACGAAAGAACACCAAGAUAGUAACCAUAAAUACUAAAUAAUUAUAUAAUUAUAGUUUAGAUAUUAUAUAGAAAAGGUAUAUAGUUUGGGACCUCGAUCGAGGAGACCAUAGCACGAGAUUCUUCUAUUUAACUAACAGUAAGUUUAGUUCAUGCUGAAUUUGAAAUUGCCUAAAUGCAAAUUAUCACUUAGCAAGACAUUGAUUUCAAUAGCGAAUAGUUAGUGAAUGAAUGGCCUGAUAACUGUUGACCUACCUCGACGCUGAGCAAUCUAAAGCAAGGAGACAAUUUAGAUAUAAGGACAAGUUAUGUAAUAUUGUUUGCACUUCAAAUAACGUUGGUACAUUUAAAGAAGUGGCUUAAUUUCCAUUGUUUAAAAAAAAUAUAAUCUAAUAAAAAAACUGAGCUUCCGAAAGUUGAAUGCCUAUUUCCUUAGCGCGUAUGUACCGCGCGUAAGCAAUAAUCUGCAGAGAAAUAAACAAAUCAUAAUUUAAUGAAUAAUGGAUCAGACACUUAAUAUCACACAUGAAAUGAUGUGCAAUGUACCUAAGUAUAAUACAUAUAUUUUCUAUUAUUCUCUUGUCAUGUAAUGUGUAAAUUGAUUACCCUGAAGGAGUAAAACCCCGAUAAAUGAAUAGAUAAUGUAAAUAAAGUAAUUUUGAUAGAAUUAAAUUCAGUGGAAAUGUCUUAGUUAAUUCACGUAUCGUCAAAUAUUUUAAAAUCAAUUUAAUGUUACUUUGUGUAUAAAGAUUGUAUUGUCGAUAAACUGUUGUGAUUGUUAUAAUAUAUUUGAAGUUGCAUUUUCAUUAUUAUAAGGGCCGAUUUUUCAAUUGUCAGAUAAACAAACAGAUAGGGUAUAUUCGAGAGAUAGCGAAGUUGAUGAAUUUUUCAAUGGUCGAGUAAGACCUAUUGGACGAAUAAAUCCUUAUCUGAGGAAUUAAUUUAUUUGCCGCCUUGACCGCCAGGUAAGUACUAUUCGAUUGAUAAUUUGACGCAGAUGACGUUUUAGUUUGAAGUUAUUUCUUGCGCUAUUAACAAUUUAUCAAUUUAUUAUGGAUAUUUUCGAUAAUAUUGAUGACUUGGCUAUCGAAGAAGAGACUUUAAUAAAUGAAUAUAUAAAUCCACCCGAAAGAAAAGAAAGAAUAAUCCGCCCAAGGCCUGAAAGUUAUUUCUUGCGCUAUUAACAAUUUAUUAUGGAUAUUUUCGAUAAUAUUGAUGACUUGGCUAUCGAAGAAGAGACUAUAAUAAAUGAAUAUAUAAAUCCACCCGAAAGAAAAGAAAGAAUAAUCCGCCCAAGGCCUGAUCACUUUAGGAUUUGGGAUUCAAAAGAAUUUCAUCGCAGAUUCAGACUUCGGAAAGAGUCGGUGCAAUAUUUACUUUCCCUAAUUGAAAAUAAAAUCAAGCACCAAACAGAAAGAAAUCAGUGUAUUUCACCCAUGUUGCAGUUAUUAAUUGCACUGCGAUUUUAUGCCACUGGAAGUUUUUACAUAACUGUUGGUGAUUUUGGUGGUAUUCAUAGUUCCACUAUGUGCCGUAUUAUUAAAAAAGUUACUGAAGCUAUAGCAUCUUUAAGAACAAUAUUCAUAAACUUGCCAAGAAGUGACGAAGACAUCAGAAGCACUCAACUAGAAUUUUAUAAAAUAGCCAGAUUCCCUAGAGUAGUAUCGGCUAUAGAUGGCACCCAUAUUAGGAUUCAGUCGCCUGGUGGUAACACUGCAGAAGAAUUCAGGAAUAGAAAAGGAUUCUUUUCGUUUAAUGUUCAAGCAAUGUGUUCAGCAGACUUGAUGUUUCAAGAUAUAGUUGCACGUUGGCCUGGCUCUACCCAUGAUUGCAUGAUAUUUGCCAAUUCACAUGUGAAAUACCACUUUGAGAAUGGUGAAUUUGGCAAUGGAAUUAUACUUGGAGAUAGUGGUUAUGAACUAACUAAUUACCUACUCACUCCUUUUCAAAAUCCAGACACACCAACUAAGACUUUAUAUAAUGAAUCACAAAUUCGAACACGGAAUGUUAUUGAAAGGUGCUUUGGAGUUUGGAAAAGACGGUUUCCAGUCCUAAGUAUAGGAUUAAGGUGUAGGCUGCCGCUUGCACAAGAUGUGAUUGUAGCCUGUGCUGUACUACACAACUUGGCAAGAUCAAAAAAUGAGGAGGAACCUCCAGUGGACCCAGAAUUGCAUAUUCCACCACAGCCUAUAUUUCCACCCGCUAUAGCCGAUUUUACUGGUGAUGAAAGGUGCCAUACUAGGAACUUAAUCUUAAUAAAUUAUUUUCAUGCCUUACCUACUGAAUAAUCUAGGGCAGCCAAGCUCAAUUUUUCAACAGUUUUACUACAUAUAAUCUUUAUAUUCAUUCAAUAGAAAUUUAUGUUUAUCAUAUGUGCAAUUUCUUUUUCAAUUAAUGUUACAUAAUAAAAACAUUGGUAUUUUAUUAAA